GUCGUUUUCAAUUAUACUACCUUGCAUUUCAACUUUCUUGGAGGGUCAAUACGUUACCAUACUUGAUCAUCAUCCUAGUAGCUAGACCGCCAUUGAUAUGCUGGACAUGAUGGCCAUCAUUGGUGCUGUGCCGCUACUGAAUUUUUACUGCAUUUGCAUGGCAGCAUGUACACCCAUCUCACAUCUAUUGUAAAUUUUUUACACAUGCACAAUGUAUAAUACUCAUGCAUCAUGAACUACUACACGGUAGCUCGGCCGACUAUGCUACUCAUUUCACUAGUUGCUGUGUAUGUAUGCUCAUGUCCAAUAAUCGCAUAUACACACACAGGUCAAAACUCUUGCACAAAUGUACCCUCACUCUCAUUUCUUCCCCCAAACUAACAAGUAAAAACUCGAUCGACACAGCUAGUACUAUCUGCGUUCUUAAAUAUACGAUGUCAUGAUAAACUAGUUGGUUCAUUUUUUUUAACUAAUUAGCUUGUCCUAAAUAUCGUAGCUUUAAUGUUGGCAAGGAGUAUGCCCUGAAUUCGAGUUGAGAAAAAAAAAUAAUCAGGCUUCAACCUAGCUAGCUACCGAAAAGUGUGCAACACCCAUGGUAUCUCCCACCGACUAACCUACUAAGCUUGUGGAAGCUACUUUGAUUGGCCAGGUAAGAUUUUGCAAGUGUGGUGUGGGCCAGAGAGAAUAUAGAAGAAAAUAGAGAUGAUUAGCAUUUCCUUUUUCUCUUUUCCCGCAUGUUAGUCAGUGUUAUCAUUCUGUUAGUUGUUGGCUGCUGAUACCAGCUGCUUGCUUAAUCAUUAGCUUAGCUAGGUCUAGCUAGCUAGGUGCGUGAGAGUCAACACACUCAUGAACCAUGCAACCGACUUGUGGGUCCAACAACUCUCGUACACCAAAGCUGUGUUCCCUGGGAGGAACAGAACAACGUACUGCUGGUUCACUAGAUCAAUGCACACUGUUAAUUAGGACUAAUACGGACAGGUCUGAAUCUCUGAUCAUCUUGCCUAUGCUAAUGUUGGUACAUUUCCUAUCGAUAAUCACCACUAAGUUCAUCAGCUGCCAAGGCAAAAAAGAAAAAGAAAGAAAAAGAGGUUUUAUGCUUGCCUCUGAAGCAUUCCGAAAGGCAAACGGCUUCAGAGUUGUCUCUCCUUCGGAACCAGAAGAGCUCUGGGAAUGGUGGGACAUGAACCCCAUCGACGUGGUCCGCACGGCCACCCGCACCGGCGCGGCGCCCAACAUCUCCGACGCCCUCACCGUCAACGGCCAGCCCGGCGACCUCUACAGGUGCUCGUCCAAGGACACGACCACGUUCCCGGUGAAGUCCGGCGAGACGAACCUGCUGCGCUUCAUCAACGCCGCACUCAACACGGAGCUCUUCGUCUCCCUCGCCGGCCACACCAUGACCGUCGUCGGCGCCGACGCCUCCUACACCAAGCCCUACUCCACGUCGGUGCUCAUGAUCGCCCCCGGCCAGACCACAGACGUCCUCGUCACCUUCGACCAGCCGCCCGGCCGGUACUACCUCGCCGCCCGCGCCUACGCCAGCGCCCAGGGCGUCCCCUUCGACAACACCACCACCACCGCCAUCUUCGACUACUCCUCCUCCAGCGGCAGCAGCAGCAGCAGCAGCCCCGCCAUGCCGACGCUCCCGGCGUACAACGACACGGCGACGGCGACGACGUUCACGACGAGCCUGCGAGGCCUUCGCAAGGCGGAGCUCCCAUCCCGCAUCGACGAGAACCUCUUCUUCACCGUGGGCGUCGGGCUGUUCAACUGCUCGAGUGGCCAGAAGUGCGGCGGGCCCAACAACACGCGGUUCGCGGCGAGCAUGAACAACGUCUCCUUCGUGCUGCCGUCCACCGUGUCCAUCCUGCAGGCGCACUACGGCGGCGCCCAGGUCCAGCAGGGCGUGUUCACCGACGACUUCCCGGCGAACCCGCCGGUGCAGUUCGACUACACGGCGCAGAACGUGAGCCGCGCGCUGUGGCAGCCGGCGCCGGGCACGAAGGUGUACAGGCUCAAGUACGGCGCCGCCGUGCAGCUGGUGCUGCAGGGCACCAACAUCUUCGCCGGCGAGAACCACCCCAUCCACAUCCACGGCUACGACUUCUACAUCCUCGCCGAGGGAUUCGGCAACUUCGACGCCGCCACCGACACCGCCAAGUUCAACCUGGACGACCCGCCGAUGAGGAACACGGUGGGCGUGCCGGUGAACGGGUGGGCGGUGAUCCGGUUCGUGGCGGACAACCCGGGGGUGUGGCUGAUGCACUGCCAUCUGGACGUGCACAUCACCUGGGGGCUCGCCAUGGCGUUCCUCGUGGAGGACGGCGUUGGGGAGCUGCAGUCUCUGGAGGCGCCUCCACCGGACCUCCCACUCUGCUGAUCAAAAAGGCUCAAAGGAUUAUUAACACUUGCAGAUUCAAAAGUUUUUGGCCAUUAUUCAUCUGCUUACCGGAUGCUGAUUAUUUCAGAUUUUAUAUGUACCAAUUCACAUUUCUUAUCAUCACAGCCUAGCUGUCUACAUUAAAUUCAUCAAGAAACAUUGCCGAUUCAAUUCAGAUAUAAAAUCAAAGGUUAUAAGCA